GUCAUACGAUAGUCAUUAGUCAUUUUUGUUUUGAAUUUUAAUAUUUUGUUACAAACAACCAAGACAGACCGUUAAAACAUUCAACAAAAAACUCAGUAAGAAAGUCUCAUUGAGAUAAUAAAAGAUUUGUUAAAAAUUAUUAAUAGUCAAAGGCAUUUAUAAUUUGUUAUGAGCACUUUCGGCGAAAUAGUAGAACCUGUUAGUAGGACAACAUGGGAGGAUUGGGAUGAAGUCUACACCGAAGAAAAUGUUACAAUAAUACAAUGGCAGCUGCCUUUAGAAAUUCCAAAAAGAAUCGAAACACUUUUUAUUCUUGAAGGAAAAUUUUUAUCAGAUUUCAUCAAAGUGCAAUCACGAGAUUUUUUAAAAUUGAUUAAUUCUAAUAUAGGCGUCAAUUUACAUUUGUAUCAAUUAACAUCCGCAGACAAAUAUAUUUGUACUAUUAAAGAUUAUAAUUUGCUAAAAAGUAGUGAAAUAAUUGAAUUAUUGAAACCAUUUAUUUACAAAAGUGAGGAUGUUUUAACAAUUCAAACAAAACCUAUAAUGGAAUAUCAAACGGCAAGUCUUGGAAUGCAAUCUUGGGUAAUAAGACAGUUAACAACCUCAGUACCAUCCAAAAAAACAUGGGAUUUAAAUUUUGCUAAGCUUGAACAACCUAACAUUUUGUCAGGAGUGGCUGCUGGAGCUGUAUGUUUACGAGAACAUAUUAAUUUAUCAGCGACUGCAUUGGUUUGUUAUAUUGAGCAUAUCGAAGAGUAUCAAACAAAUGAAUUACUUAAGCUACUUGAAAAAUUUGAAAUAAUUGAUGAUACCUGUUCGUCAAAAUGCAGUGGCAUAUUGAGUUCAAAUUUAUACAUUUGAUUAAAAGUCUUUUAAAAUAA